UUCAUUGCUCAUUUGAAUGACAUUCAUUCAUCCGAAGGACGUAAAUAGAGUCCAGGUGAAGGUCUAUCAGAGUCGACUGCAGUUUCUAUUGAAGGGAAACUACAAUAAGGACACAAGAAAGUAGAAGACUGAAAACAUUUGGCAUCCGUGAAUGUCCACUUUUUUCCGUGUUCCUCUGGAUGGACAGCAGCCCGCCUGGCCCUUCGUCGCUGUGGCGCCUGGCUGAGAGGAGGAGCAGGAAGGCUGGCUCGGGAAACAUUUUCAGCAAUGUGAACCUGUGGCAGCUCCAGCGGCUGUUCAAGGCAGCAGGAGACCACGAUGCAGAGCAGAGAGCCAAGCUCGUGUGGGGACUCAGAGAUGAGGCCGACCUGGCCCAGGCCUUAAUAGGGCUGAGAGCUCGGAGUCACCGCAAAAGGCUGAGGACUAAUGGGAGGAGUGCACUGGGCUCACACUGGCUGCAAGCCUUCAGUCAUCUCAGGAUUGAAGAAAUCUCGUCGGACAGUCAGGUUCAGGAGGCGGAUGAGGAGAGCGAUUCAGAGUCAGGAGCUCAGACAAGGUCAGAGUCCUACACACAAGAAUCAGGAGGGUCAGGAACUGCAGAGGCACUACCUGAGGACCAAAGCCCAGAGGGGACGUCGGAGAGACCAGUUCCAGCCAGCUCAGGGCUAAAAAGAGGAGGAGAAAGCAAUCCUGACAGAUACCUCCAUCAAAUACUCCACUGAGGAUCAAGAGACAGCAUGUGGACACAGAGAAGCAUCAAGGUUUCCAUGUUGUGUUCGGCCUUGUAACACCAAUUAACAUUGAAACGUUACUCUGAAACAGCAGACAGACACUGCUCCCACAUGUUUUACAGCGCCACCAAACUGACACUUAUAUCCACCCAGGAUUUAUUUAUGGAGGCGUGUAAGAAAUACUGUUUCUAUAUGACGCAAUUUCUUUUGUUUUCUUUGUGGCUACCGGCCCUACUGGGCCGUCUGGAUCCUCCUGUGUCCCGUUUGACACCAUAGAACCAGAACAGACAACUACUACUCCUCUUCUGUCAUCAUUCUCCAAGACAUUGUUUUGGUGAGGCUCAGACAGAGCAAAGCUGUGACAGUUAUUUACAGAGGCACUUCCAAUCCAGCUGCUACCAACAGAGGCGUGUAAACAGGAUUAAACCCUUUAAAAAGGUGACCAAAGUUUGUGUUUAGACAGUUUAUGCCUCAAUUGUUUCACAACACGCUUUGAAUUCUGGGUAAAGCUUUAAAGAAUACUUUGUAUGAACUUACUGCACUAAAAUCUUCACUUUCUGCACCAAAUAAAUGCCACAUAUGUACUUAUGUGAAGGUAUUGACUUGAAAAUGUGUUAACUUUCCUGUUAAAUCUUUAAUAGCACUAAAUAAAUUUGUCAAAAUGAAA